AUGCGUGCACUUAUUAUUUUGGCCCUAGGCCUAACGGUUGCCACUGGUACAUCAGCUAGAAGGAUCGUGGGAGGAUCAGUGACAACUAUUGGACAGUACCCAUUUGCAGCAGCUUUGCUUCGGUCAUUCUCUGGCGCUGGAACCUUCAGUCAAGCUUGCGGUGGCACUAUUAUAAACAACAGAGCUGUUCUUACCGCUGCAAACUGUUUCGACUCUCACCCGCACGCUUAUCAAUGGCGUGUUCGCGUCGGCUCCACCUACUCCAAUAGUGGCGGUGUUGUCUCUACUACCAGAAGAGUCAACGUUCAUUACGGUUACGUCACGUCUACUUUAAAUAACGAUGUUGCAGUUAUGAUAAUCAACGGCGCAUUCAAUUUUAACAACAACGUGCGCGUUGCUCCAAUUGCUGGCUCAAACUACAACGUCCCUGACAAUGCACCCGCGUGGGUCAUUGGAUGGGGAACUACAAGUUAUCUAGGAGCCGCUUCUGUACAACUACGCCACGUACAAGUAUGGGUGGUAAACCAAGCCGUUUGCAGAAGUCGUUACGCCGAACGCGGUAACACCGUAACCGAUAACAUGUUGUGUUCUGGCUAUCUCGACGUCGGUGGUCGCGACGCCUGUCACGGAGACACAGGCGGUCCUGUCAUCCACAACGGUGUUAUCGUCGGCAUAACUUCUUGGGGAUAUCAGUGCGGUCAUGCUCGAUUCCCUGGCGUCAACGCUCGUGUAUCACGUUUCACUUCUUGGAUUCAGAAUAAUAGCUAACUGAAGUAGUUGUUACGUAUUAAAUACACAAAAAUAACCAAAUUUCGACUGUUACAGUUUUGAAUAAAUGUUUUUGUUUUAAUAGAUUAAA